AGUCCAAUCCAAAGAACCACUGGGAGGUCACAGAAACACACAUGACAUCACGGCGGGUGCAGGAUGAACGAGGGCUACUUCAGUUUAGAAGCUAUAGCAGAAUCGCUGUGACAAAGAGACUGUGUUUGUCACAGUGUUUGAAAACAGCGGCGAAAAAGGAAUACUAAGACGGCAGACAUGGCUACAGUCAUAGACUGUAUAAAUAUAGUGGCCGGAGUGGUUAUUUUUCUGCAGCCCCGCAAUCAGUUCUAGUAGCUCCGAACCAAGAUGGCGGAUCCAUAGUGUGUGCGGAAACUGGCGUCUGAUUCUAACAAGGACUAUACAGAGAUACUGAAAAGCGGAUCGACUGAAUUGAAACACAGUAGUUCCCCACCAUAUCUGAAAGCGAUGGAAGACACCCCACGGCUUAACUUUCAAAUUCCAAGGAAAAGCAAAGAAAAGAGAGCUCUGUUCCAGUAUGUAUCCUCAGAGUCCAGGGAGUACACAGACAUAUCGAAGAUCAUUACCUCUGGUUAUAAGGAUCCUUCUUCAUGGGGGAGUUACCAGUACACCAAGCAUUGCCUUGUUCACAGUGAGCUCCAAGAGAAAGAAUUCAUUGAGAAGAGGCGGGAGCUGAAAUUGGAGGGCCGCUCGGAGAAGGAGAUGGUGGAGUCCUAUUGCUUCAUUCUUUGUGAAAGCUACAAGCUGCAGAGCAUCUGUGAUAAAGGCCUGCAUGUUGGACACAGCUGGAUGAAUAUGCUGGGGAAUCCCUCCAAGGGUGUUUACUUGUCUAAGUACUCAGAUUUGCUUCAGAUAAACCCUUUUGAGCCUGGAGCCACUGGAGAAAUCAUCAUCUUUAAAGUGAUAAGGGGUAAAAUGAAGAGCAUCUCUGAUAACAUGUCCAGAAGUCUAGAUCCCACCCCGAAAUUUGACAGCCACAUUUCUAAGAACCUUUCUCGAGUGGUAUCUCACCGCUCCUACAGAGCAUUUGAGCACACCCAGCAAUACUUUUACGAGUAUGCAGACAUUGAUGUCCGACCAAGACCAAGGCACAUCUGUCCGUAUGCUGUGUUGACCUUCCAGUACAAAGGCAAAGAAACAGCCCCUCUUGUCAAGCCUAUGCCUCCCCUCAGGUCCAACAGCUUCAAAUCAGGAAAAGGAAAGAGCAGCUAUGUUGUGUGGAGUGGCCAUCUGACUAAUGGCGGAAAGGAGGCUUACCAUGUGUCUUUCCGCUCCCUCUCCCAUCCUAUCCUGCCAUUUAAACUGCCAGACAAAAUAGAGAUUGGUACAGUAAUGCACCUAGACCAGGUCAAGCUAAAGAUCCCGCCUGCUCUCUUUUCUUGGGAUCUCUACAGUGGGAGUCAGGAAGUGUUCAAGACAACCACCCACUGUUGUCUGUUUGAAGUAGUGGAAAAAAACAAAUGUGGCAACAGUUUGACUGUUUUGCUCUACAAGUUGGAGCGAGAAAGACUGGUCCUUGUGAAUGCAGUCACUGAUCGAGGCUUCUUCUUUUUGCUGUCGUCUGCUCAGAUGGCCAAUCCUAGUGAGAGACGAGAUGGAUGGAAAAAUUCAAAUCUGCAGGCACUUUUUGUCUUCCCCGAGUCAAGAGAUGUGGCCAAGUAUUCUCUGAAGGCUGUGUCCACUCCUAGUCCCAGGCAUGUUCCUCAGUCUCCAAUCUUGCCCCAGUUGGACACGUUCAUUCCAGCCCUUCACUUUGCCCUCAACAAGGUGCGCGGCACCCCACAGGCCAACCCGCCAGCCAACCCCAGUACGGCUGUGACGCAGCAGGUCUGUGACUACCUCAGUGGCCAGCGAGAGGGCAAGCUCUUGCCCCGUGUGCAUCUUGACUAUGACAUUAAGCUGGACGACCGGGAACGCCUCUUCCCUGCUCCACGGAACAAGCUCAACUUGGAAGCCUACCUGCACUCCUAUAUUUGUUGUCCCAACCUCUACUAUAUCCCUGUUUCCAAUGCUCAAGACAUGAUGGACAGCCCACUGAAGCCUCUGGAAUGCCACACAGCCUCCAGUCAGGAGUCGGCUGCAGAAGGUUCAGGAUCCAAUGGUCCUGGAGUGGAUGAGGAUCCGGAGAAGGUGAAACAACUUCUAAAGCUGAUCCAGGCCCAGAAGCAGCAGGCAGGGAAGGGACUGGAGGCCUCGCCAGCCCUGACAUUGAAGAGGAAAUGUGAGGAAGAAGCAGCAGAAACUGGAGGAAAGCAUGCAAGGAAGAGUGAUCUCAACAAUGGGGUGCCAAGAGAAGACGAGGGUCUACAGGCAGCUCCCUCACUAGCUGAGGUCAUGAAUCUCGCGGGACUGUGCGACACUGACUUGAGGAAGAACAAGACUCAGGGUGCACUGAAGUUGAUGGAGAUGCUGGAUAACAUGAACAGAACAGCUACAGCCACUUCCACUACAGCCUCCCUUGAUGGAGACAUGGAGACAACUGAAGAGGGGGAUGACCAGACUAACGAGACACUAGAGGAGAGCAUGCUGAAGCUCGGUCUGCCCAUUAACUGUGACACUGACCUGCGCAAACAACCUGUGGACAAGGAGGACCCGGAGGAGACUGACUUUUUUGAGGAUGAGUCUGUUGGUAGUAUGAGCAGCCUUGAAGCCUUCAGCCCUUGCUCAGACCAUGGGCAUCAGCGAGGAACCAAUGUCCUUGGGGAGAAGUCAAUCCCCUGGGUUCUCAUACCCAUCACAGGCAUUAAACCUGGAGGAUACAGCCAGAGACAGUGGGACAAUCCGCAAGAUCCACGCUUACUACAUACCACAGCAGAUUCACAUGAAACCCCCCAGGAGAAAGAAAAAGGGCCCGUCACUGCAUCUGAACCAGUUGCAAGUUCUAAAGAGCCUCCUCAGUCUGUAAUGGAGGAACCACUGAGAGAACCAGUUGAGGAAUCGCCAAAGGAUGAUCUGAAUGGAGAGAGAGAUCAGGAUCCAGAGGAUGAAGUCUCAGAGGAGAAGAAUUUGACUGAUGAACUGAAGUCAUCACACUGCCAGGAACAGCGUAUUCUACAACAGAGUGUGGUGGACAGCAUUGUUGAUGAGCAGCUUAAUGACUUCUCAGCAGGUAUGAUGAGUCUCUUAAAGCGGAAACAUGUGUCGUACAGGGUCCCUCCUGCCCCACUCCCUCCUCCAUCACAGCUGAGGACACCCAUGAGGCCAUUCUCUGAUUAUGUUGCCCGCCACCAUGCUCCAGUGCCCUUGUAUGGCUUUGUCAGAACUCUACGCAAUAGUUUGACUUCUUACAUAGACUCACAUCUCAGGGUCUCAGUGCCUGAGUUACCAGCUCAGGCUUCAUUGGCUCUGAAUACCACACAUCCCUCUUCUCCAGAAUCCACUUUUUACAGUGAUCCAGCAUCUGUUUCCUCUGCCUCAGUUUGUAAAUCGUCAACCUCUAUUCCGACAAGACUUUGCGGUAGUGCACUCCCUAGUUUACAUGCACAGUCCUCUCCCCGGCCUCAUACUAACCAUCUCUCUCCUAACCAACCCUGCAAGCAGUCACAAAAAAGUCCACCUCGUCUUGGUACCUGUAAAGAGACCCAGGAUCUUGACCCUUGGCUAUUACGGAAGUCAAAAUGGAGGCCAGAUGAGCAAGAUGCUGAGGAGGUGAACUCUGCCUCUUGCACAAGAGCUAGUACUCCUCCCCUCCCUGAUAUCAGUCCUGAGAAAUUUCAUGCAGAAUCAUCCCCCACUCAUGGCAAUGCCACAGGCUCCUCAGUGGCAGAACCCUCACCCUCUUCACUGACUAAUGUGAUCAACCAACUGAAUCCUGAGAUGUUUAGCAACCUGGUUGAGAUCAUUAAAGGUGUACGGAAGAACUCUGUUCUGUUCUACAUUCACUCAAGUGAUGGGGAGGAAAGUGAAGUCUGCACUGAUAUUAAAGAGUAUCUACUGCGUCUAGGAAAUGCAGAGUGCAACCCACAAUUGUUUUUGGAGAAAAACUGUGAUGCAGACAAACUGCUGAUCAUCAUUCGCAACGAAGACAUUGCUUCUGAGGUUCAUAAGAUUCCUGCAUUGGUGAAACUGAAGAAGUUGCCAUUUGUGAGUUUUGCUGGUGUGGACAGUCUGGAUGACAUCCAGAAUCACACAUACAAUGAGUUGUUUGUGUCCGGUGGAUUUAUCGUCUCUGAUGAGUUUGUGCUCAAUCCAGACUUCACCGCAAAGGAGACAUUGCAGAAGCUUCUGGAAUUCCUCCAGCAGCUGAACUCCCCAGAAAGCCCUUGGAGGUGGAAAGUGCACUGCAAAACUCUGAAGAGACUUCGAGAACAAAGCAGGGUGAAGGCUGAUGCUUUAGGCUUGUUAAACCUGCUGACAGCCUACCAAAAGAGACAUGUGGUGGAGUUUUUGCCCUAUCACGAGUGUGAUGCCCCUAGUAACUCUUCAACUGACCUGGCCUGCCUGGUGAAACUGCAAGCCCAACACACCCUGCAUCGACAUGUCAUUUUCCUCACAGAGCGUCCCUUUGAGAUGUUUCAGCACUAUGCCAGCAGUGGGAUACUGAUUGCAGCUAUUGAUGAUGUUCUGAAAAACUUCAAACAACUCAUUGAAUUCAAUGACCGCCAGCCAGAAGUACCAGUUCUCGAAACUCAGUUACAUCAUACAACAUCAUCAGUGCCAGUACCACAGCACAAGGAGGGAAGGUUGGCUGUGGUAUCUGAAGAAGAGUCCUUGGUGGGAACCAAGUCCACUCUCCAUGGAGCUAUAGAUCAAAAACAUUUUGCACCUUCAGACUCCAGUCAACCAACACCUGAUCAGCUUGUUCCAGAUGGUGGCAACUCAUUGUCGCAGCCCUCACGUUUUCCAGCAGUAUCUCAAGAACUGGACUUUGAUGCCCUUCGGACGGCCAUUACCCAGUUCAAAGCUGCCAAAGCAAGUAAAGACAGGACCUCUCAAGGUCCUUUUAAUGUUAAUACCCACCAAAGUUUCCUUGGUGUGGGUUUGCCACCAGCAUCUUGCCUCAAUACCUUGGAGAGGGAUGAUUCUCCCACUUCAUCAUUGACUUUAAAUGUUAGACAGACUUCAGAUAAUCAAGUUGAAUCCUCCCUUCAGCUGCAUCCUACACAUCACAGCCUUUCCCAAAAAGGUCUUAGACUUUCACAGCAAGUACAGGAGACUACGGAAACAACCUUGUCUUCAGAUUCCACUACCCCUACCUCACUGAGCCACACAGACAUGACCUGCAGUGACUCUUCAUUUCGAUUAGAGAGUGCCAUGGUCAUAAAUACAUCAUCUUGUGAUGAUGUGGUGUGCAGAGGCCAGAACUUAUCAGAACUGCCCAUCUUCCCACAAAGUGAAACCGUGUCUAGUGUACCAAGCGACUACAUGCUUGCGUCCACCUCAGAGACCAGCGGCACAACUUUUCUAGGCUCAAAUAAAAUGUCAGACUCAAACCAUUGUGGCCCUAACCAUCUGGAUAGCAACAGUGGAACAGUUCCUAAUCCCCCAAGUGUAGAGGAUGUUGAGAAUGCCCUUAAAGUUAAAUCAGUCCCCACUCGUAGUGAGAACACUGUGUCCAAGACUGCUUACAAACACCAGUUGGUAGAGCCUCCUAUUCCUUCAUUCCACAGUACACAGCCUGAGACACCCUCAGUCCAUGGAGCCAAUGCCAUCACAGUCUACCCCGUGCCAAAUCUGACCACAGCAAGCUUCAGCAAAGAGAGCACAACUGGUCUGCAAGCUGCAGGGGUCUGGUCAGGUCCUCAGGGACCAAUAACUAUGAGCAACCCUGGGCAUGGACUCCACACUACUGCUACUGACCCCAUGACUGCCAUGAUGCUCCAGCAUGUGACUUUUGGCAAUAGUUUGGGAGGUGUGGUCCCACAAGGGGGUCUCUUGCCAAUGACCAGCAUGCCUGUGGCACCCAUGCCCUGGAGUGGGUAUCCAAGAGGGAGUGGACCUGUAAGCAUGUGGGGAAUGCAACAAAACCUGCAGUUGAGACAGAUGCAUCAAACACAGUUCAUCCAGGGCUUUACUUGGAGAAGUGAUUUUCCAGGCCAGGGCAAUAGCUAUCGGCCUUUUGGUGGGGGGCUAUAACAACAUUUGAGUUGUGCCACAGAAUGUGUAUAUAGUUAUUUCUAAGUGCUUUGCAAACAAGACUUUUUUUAAUCACUGAAGAAAAUAAGCAAUUGUUUGCUACAUUUACAAUCUUAAAACAAUUUUUGUACAUAAUUUUGAAUCGUUUGUUUUGGUAUUCAUUGUAAGGUUCUCCUUCUUUAGUCUUUCUGUGCAGUUGGAUAUAUUUGUUGACCACCUAACCCCCAGUUUUUAAGACUAGACUGUAAAAUUGAUGGCAUUAAAAAAAUAAUUAAUCAAAA